AUGCGACCCGCCGCCGCCUUGCUGAUAGCCACGGUUGUCGCCGCCGGCGCCGCUACGGCGCGGUCCUCUGGCGGCUGCGACGAGACGUGCGACGCGGCCUACAGUUCAUGCAUGACGGGAUGCCAAAGCAACCCGGCCUGCAUCGACCCUUGUAAGCGUGACACUUGUCUGGUAAGCCAAUUUCCUGUUACGGGUGGGGUCCUGAGGGCGAGCGGUGUGGAGAGAGAGGGCUGGCUAAUGUGUCAUGGACGUCCAGAAGAUCUCGAUCUGCUCCUCAUGCUGGUCGCCGUGCCAGUAGCAAAAGACGGCCUCUCACAGUCUCGCCGCGCGGUCCCUUCGACGCUUGGCCCGUGA